CUAACACUUGUGUCGGUGUAAACCAUCAAAAUGUUUGUGUAUAAAUGAGGUACAAUUUGUAGUGUAAGUAUAGCACAACAGUUGGUGAAAAAUCACAAAAUAACACACAAGUAAGCUUACGUUUAACCAAUCUGCUGGUAUCUCGGUUUUGUCAUCUACUUUUCUUCGUCUAUACUUCUUCCUCCCAUGGAGGAAUCCGAAGACGCAAACCCCGUCAAGAAGAAGCACCCAUCCCUUCCCGAAAACUAUGUCACGAUCGCGAUGCUCAAGGAGCGAUGGCUCCAGAGGAAGAAACAAGAGGAGGAGGAAGAACACCUGAAGCUGCAACGCAAUCCCAAGCCCGACCCAAUCGAAGAAAACCCUAACUAUGUCACGCUCUCGAUGCUCAAGGAGCGAUGGCUCCAGGCGAAGAAACAAGAGGAGGAGGAGCUGAAGCCGCCUGACCCCAUCCACGAAAACCCAAACGGGUCGAAACCCCCAUUCCGGAACCGGAAUCGCCCGAAGGAUCGGAGAGGAUGCGUGAAGGAGUACGAGGAGGGGCCUGAAAGCAUCGAUUCGUUGUCGAUUGGGGGGAAUCGGGAUAUGAGGGCAGAGGAGGUGAAAUUGGGGUUCCCGGAAAGAAGAAAACCUAGGGUUCUGGAAAAUGUGAAAUUGCUGGCAAGUGUAGCGGCUCAGAUUGUCCCGAGCGAGGAGAACAGUGGGAAAGAGGGAGGCAGUGAGCUUCAGUUGGCUGAAAAUGGAGUCUACAAGGCGUCUGGCAGAUCACGUAGUGGAAGGAAGAAGAAGCGGAAAAAGGGUUUCAAGAGAAAUGAGGGUAGAAUGAAUGUUCAGCAGCAGGGAGAGGAAGGAUUGGGGGAGAACAGAAACAAAGACGGCAAUGGGUUUGUUGGAUUGGCCGAAGAUACAACGCAUCCGGUGGUGAAAAUUGAAGAGAGGUUUCAGGAUUUAUCAAUGAAUGACCCGAAAAAUGCCAAUGUUAAAAAGAGGGCAACCAAGGUUAAAGACCAGCAACGGAGCACACAGUGUGAGAAGAUGGCAGAGGAGGAGAGGAGGUUUAGAGGCGGUCGAAAGGAUAGAAUGAGGAUCAGCAGUGGUGGUGGUGGGUGGCGGCAGAUGGGACACAGAAGGGCGUCUUCUACAAGGGUUGGAGGAGAUCAAUUAGUGUGGGUAAAGAAGGGAGAAAACCCCGGUGGCUGCGUUACUGCUGAUUUCAAUUCUAAGGUUCCAUCUAUGGAUACAGAUGUAUGCAACCUCAAUCAAAAGGCUCUGUUAUGGAGAAAGGAAGAAGACUCACCUAAACAUUCUAAGUACCGUAAAUUCUAAAAUGACUUGAGAACACUGGCCCCUUUUUGGUUCCUUCAUUAGGCAAGAAAACAUGGUAAGCAUUUAUUAAGGGAAAAAGCUACUUCGCCUCCAAGAAUGUCGCCGACCUCCUUUUCCCUUCUUGCAGACAUGUUGUAUAUGUGCUAUCCGUGCACGUCUCUGUGUCUGUGAGAAGAAAAAUGGAGUUUGGGGCAAUGUCUCAUUGCUCUUCAUUAAGAUACUUGGGUUAAUGCUCCAUGCUUAUUAUUCUAUAAAUAUUAAUUCGGCCAGAAAAAAUCUACUUCGUACUA